ACUCCAAAGAGUCUAGAGAUUUACAUCACAUCCUUCUCCAGAUAUUGCAUCAUCUUGGUGAAAUCUAUACUCUACUCCUAAGAGUAUAGAUUUACGUUAAUUAUUCCCAAGCAGUCGGUAGAAUUUACUAUCUGACCUGGAAGAAGCUAUAUAUCCCAACUAGAUAAAGAAUUGAGCAAAUCUAAAAAAAUUGUUGAUCGUUUGAAAUUCAGUUAUGAUCACUUAGAAAAACAAUACAAGGAGUGCUUUUUAUAUUGUGCAUUGUAUCCUGAGGAUCAUGAAAUCAGAAAAGAGGAGUUGAUUGAGUUUUGGAUUGAGGAGGGAUUUAUUGAAGAUGAAAGUGGGUCUCGGCACUCAAUGAUUUAUAAGGGCCAUUCUAUUAUUCAGAAGUUGAUAGACAAUUGCAUGUUGGAAUCAGUUAAAAAAAGUUACGAUGGACGUAGAUUGAUACAGCUUCAAACAAUUAAAAUCAAAAACAAAGAUUGGGUGAGUAUGCAUGAUCUUCUCCGAGAAAUGGCAUUGAAGAUUAUUCAUCCUCAAUUCAUGGUGAAAGCUGGCAUGGCCUUGGAAGAGCUACUGGAGGAGGAUGAAUGGAGAGACGAUCUUUUAAAGGUUUCUUUAAUGAAUAAUAACAUUAGAGAAAUUCCUUCAAGCAUGUCGUCUCCCAAGUGUCCAAUGCUCACAACCUUGUUGUUGUCCAAUAACAAUAUUACAACAAUUCCAGAUGCAUUUUUUAAUCAUAUGCGUGGGCUGAAGAUCCUUGAUCUUUCUAACAAUUACAAGCUAGAUAGGCUGCCGAGAUCUGUUUCCAAAUUAGAGAAUCUUACCACACUACUGUUGGAGAAUUGUAAGUUCUUAAAAGAAGUACCAUCUUUAUCCAAUCUUAGAGGCUUAAGAAAGUUAAACCUUUAUGGAACAUCAAUUGAAGAACUACCCCAAGGCCUCUUCAUGUUAACCAAUCUAAAAUAUCUUUGGCUUGGUGGAAGUUUAUCUGAUAUACCUGACGGAUUGCUACGAAAUCUCUCCAAACUUCAGUGUCUAGGAGUAGAUGGGACUAUACCAUUGAAAGGGGAGGAGAUUGGAAGAUUGAGGAAGUUGGAAUCUCUUGAUGGCCGGUUGUCUACGCUGGAUGAUAUGAGCCUCUUUGUUAAGUCUGAAAGAAAGUUUUUAAAUCAAUACACAAUUUUUGUUGGAAGCUACAGUCCACGUGAUUAUUCCCUUGAAAACGAAACCAUUUCAAAUGUUGUGAAAUCAAUUGUAUGCUGUCAUAUUGAUAUAUGUGAGGUGCCUAACUGGUUACCAUCUGAUGCACAAGGCUUCUACAUCAAGGAUUGCAAGGAUGUGAGAAGCUUGGACGACAUUUCUGGCUUUCAAGAAGCAACCGACUUGCGGCACUGCACCGUUGAUGGAUGUGAUGGCCUGGAGUUUGUUGUUUCCUCGCGCUGCUUAAAGCCACUCCAAAACCUUGAGUCCCUAUACCUUUAUAAUCUGAAAAAAUUGAAUGCAGUGGUUGGGGUAGUAGAAGCAAUUGCCAAGUCAGCACCGCUGCCAGCUGGCACUUUUUCUUUUCUUCAAAAAAUUGAAGUUGUGGGAUGUGAAAAAAUAAAGAAGUUAUUGCCACUUAGGUUGUUGUGGUAUCUCCAGAAUCUACAAACCAUAAAGGUUAGGCAUUGUGUUCAAAUGGAGGAGAUAAUAUGGUCCGAAUAUGAAGGAGAAAAAGCCCUAGAAAAACUCACUCUACCAAAGUUAGAAAGGGUGAUAUUGCAGUACUUACCCGCAUUGAAGAGCAUCUACAGUUGCUCUACUAUUGUCUUGAUCUGUGAUUCCCUCAAAAGGAUUGAAAUUAGGGGGUGCCAAGAAAUAGAGAGUGUUUUUUGGAGGGGGUUUAACCCACUUCCGACCCUUGAGCAUCUGGACCUUUGCUACUUAAUGAAUUUGAAAUCUGUGUUUGAUGAAGAAAUUCUUGGUUUAUCGGCCCGUCCCACCAACUUGUUCUCUCUUAAAAAAAUUUUUGUGAAAUGGUGUCCUAAAUUAAAGAAAGUAUUUUCAUCUGGAUGGCUGCUUGGCUACUUCCAAUCUCUAGAGACUAUUGCAGUUGAUUCCUGUGCCCAAAUGGAGGAGGUGAUAUCAUCAUCGACCUAUGAAGAAAAAGAAGCCCUAGAAAAAAUCACUUUACCGAAGCUCCAAAGGUUAGAAUUAUCUCGGUUGCCCGAAUUGAAGAGCAUCUGCUGAUUCGCGACUGUAAAAAGCUAAAGAGGAUUCCUCUGCAUCUUUCCUCACUUGACAAUGGCCAGCCUUCUUCCCUCAAAGAAAUUGACAUAGCACAAAAGAAUGUUGGGAAUCAUUGGAAUGGGACCAAUCCAAUGCAAAGGGUGUCCUUUCUACUUUCUGUAAAUUUCACCGUGACAGCAACAAUGACAUUGAUGAUGAAGAAGAAAUGUUUGAUAACGACAACAAUGAUGAUGAAGAAUCUCUUAAGAUGGGCUAAGAAGCAAAGGAGUGCAGGCUCUUUGGUGAUUGGGCGGUGCAAAUCAGCGAAGCUGGAGCUGGACUCUGUUACCACGAGAAAGCUGGAGAAAAUCACAUUUGCUUCCACCUGUUAUUGUUGUUGGGUUUUCAAUUUAGUAUAGAUACGCUUGCUGUUUUCUGUUUUUCUUUUCUUCUUCCCUUUUUUUUUUUUUGUGCUGUGCAUUUAAAUAUGUUCAAAUUCUAAGUGGAACUGUUUGUUUCUUAUCUGUGUAAUUUUGUCUUUCAAACCUGUGUCUUUUUGCAAGGUAAGUAAUACAUUGCACUCACUCUCUCUCUCUCUCUCUCUCUCUCUCUCUCUCUCUCUCUCAUACAAACACACACACACAAAUGCUGGAGAAGCUCCCUUUCUUUCAGUUUAAGGCAAAUGUUGAAGGAAAACCUUAAUCUACCUAGAAAAAUGUUCAAUGCAAAGUACUUUGUAUAUUUUCUGCAUUUUUAGCUACUAACUUGUAUUGACUCAACAUUAUCAUUUGUCUUUUCUUUUCUUGUUGCACACAGGGUUCUCUGUUGUCAGCUUUGACACAAUUUGCCUUCUUAACAAGUGACGACCAAGCAAUAACUGUGGGAUUUGUUGGGUAUCCUAAUGAUGGAAAGUCUUCCAUUAUUAACACAGGUCCUAAAAAUGUAAUGUGCUGCCUCUUUAUGGCUUCUUCUGUUGCAUUAUUCAUGAAAAUUUGUGUUUCUAUGCCCUUGAAUGUUGAAGAGAUAAAUGUGCCCAUCACUAUGUUCCAAACUCUAUCCAACAUGUUUAUUAACUCUUAUCUAAAAUCUGAUUUCUUUGGAUGCUUUUAAGUGGUAUCUAUCUACUUCGUUUAUAAGGUCAGUGGUUCAGCUAAUAUAAUUGUUUGCUUUUCUAAAAGGUUUGCAAAGUUGCUCGAUUCCUGGGUAGACUAAGUUGUGGCAGUACAUAACACUCACAAAAAGGAUCUCGAUUGACUGCCCUGGAGUUGUUUACUAGAACAGUGACUCUGAAACAAAUAUUGUACUGAAGGGUAUGCCAUGUUCGAUCAGCUAAUUGCCUGCACUUUUUUCUGCCCUUCACAAUAGUGAGGCAAUGGUAUGUUUAAUUUAUUGUUAUUUCUCAGAGCAACUACAGCAAGAAUUGAGUACCUAGUUCCCUGGAGAAAAGGAAAUCCUAUGGAAUUUCUAGUGAUAAUUUAUAUAUAAACAAACCUAAAAAAAGCUU